AUGAAUUCUCUAAAACAACUCAUAGUUCUCUUCUUAGUGACUAUCUUCAUAAGUGCAACGGUGUCCCAUGCCAAAACGACAAUUGUGAUCAAUAAUGAUCUUGGAGGUGGUUUAGCGCUACAAUACCAUUGUAAAUCGGCUGAUAAUGAUCUCGGAGAUCGGAGUUUGGCACCAGGUGGAUCAUGGUCGUUUCAGUUUAACCCUGAUGUCUUCGGCCGUACUUUGUUUUUUUGCAGUUUUAGUUGGCAGAACGAGUCGCAUUAUUUCGAUAUCUAUGUUCAGAAAAGAGAUAAAGAGUUUGAGAGGUUUGGAUGCACAAAUUGCUCGUAG